GAACGACCUCUAGUGACGAGGCCGUAUUGACUCUCUGCUGGGCGACGACUUUCGUAGAAUUCGGACUCUGUUUACUAUAAUUUUACGUACCGAACCUAGUGGCAAUCCCGUUUUCCUCACCUCUCCAUCUCCGUUGUUCCUCGCCAGCACUCCAUCAUGCUGGGCCACCAAUUCGCCUAUUCUGCGGCUCCGAUCCGCAAAGUAAAGGAGGUUCAGUUUGGAAUCCUCUCUCCGGAGGAAAUUAAAGCGUACUCCGUCGCAAAGAUUGAACAUCCUGAAGUUAUGGAUGAGACAACUCAUAAGCCCAAGAUUGGCGGACUGAUGGAUCCUCGGUUGGGCACUAUCGAUAGGAAUUUCAAGUGCCAAACAUGCGGGGAGGGUAUGUCUGAGUGCCCUGGUCACUUUGGUCAUAUCGAGCUGGCGAGGCCGGUGUUUCACCCGGGCUUCGUCGUGAAAGUCAAGAAGAUCUUGGAGUGUAUAUGUGUAAACUGUGGGAGACUGAAAGCCGACAUUUCGGAUCCAACAUUCGCGGACCGGAUACGGCAUGUCCGCGAUCCGAAGGCACGUAUGCAAGUGGUGUGGAAUUACUGCAAGGGCAAGAUGAUCUGCGAGCCGGACGAGCCUAGGGACGAGAAUGACAACAUGGAGAAUGACGAGCCCAAGCGUGGUCAUGGUGGCUGCGGUGCUGCCCAGCCGCAGAUUCGGAAGGAGGGUUUGAAGCUCUUCGUCCAGUACAAACGCUCGAAGGAUGAGGACGAGGAGGUGAAGACGUUGCAGCCUGACAAGAGGCUGUUCCCUCCACAUGAGGUCUACAAUGCGCUGAAGAAGAUCCCCGAUUCUGAUCUGCAUCUACUCGGUCUUUCGGACGAGUACGCGCGACCCGAAUGGAUGAUUCUCACCGUUCUUCCUGUUCCUCCUCCCCCAGUGCGACCAAGCAUUGCUGUUGAUGGUGGCACUAUGCGUAGCGAGGACGAUCUGACCUACAAGCUAGGCGACAUCAUUAAAGCUUCUGCAAACGUGCGGCGAUGCGAGCAAGAGGGUGCUCCUGCCCAUGUUAUCAACGAGUUCGAGCAGCUGCUUCAGUUUCAUGUCGCCACCUACAUGGACAAUGAUAUCGCUGGUAUCCCCCAGGCACUGCAGAAGUCCGGCCGUCCGGUCAAGGCUAUUCGUGCUCGUUUGAAGGGUAAGGAGGGACGUCUGCGUGGUAACCUCAUGGGGAAACGCGUGGACUUCUCCGCUCGAACGGUAAUCACCGGUGACCCCAACCUUGAACUGGAUGAGGUCGGCGUACCACGGAGCAUUGCGAUGAACCUAACCUUCCCUGAGCGGGUGACACCUUAUAACAUUCACUGGCUGCAAGAUCUUGUCCGCAAUGGGCCUACGACAUACCCGGGUGCGCGCUACGUCGUGAAGGACACUGGCGAGCGUAUCGAUCUUCGCUACAAUAAGCGAGCGGAUGCCUUUUUGCAGUUUGGAUGGAUCGUCGAGCGCCACCUGAAGGACGGAGAUUUUGUCUUGUUCAACCGACAGCCGUCACUGCACAAGAUGAGUAUGAUGAGUCAUCGCGUCAGACUUAUGCCCUAUUCCACGUUCCGCUUGAACUUGUCCGUCACGCCUCCGUACAACGCUGAUUUCGACGGGGACGAGAUGAACAUGCAUGUGCCUCAGAGCGAGGAGACCCGAGCCGAACUCUCCCAAAUCGCAUGGGUACCACGACAGAUCAUUUCGCCUCAGGCUAACAAGCCAGUCAUGGGUAUCGUGCAGGACACACUUUGUGGUAUUCGCAAGUUCACCUUGCGCGACACAUUCCUGGACUGGACUCAAGUACAGAACAUCCUGCUUUGGGUCCCAGACUGGGAUGGCACUGUCCCAACGCCGGUCGUUAUCAAGCCCAAACCGCUCUGGACAGGGAAGCAGCUCUUGUCGAUGUGCAUCCCGCGUGGUAUCAACAUCCAUCGGAAUCCUGAUCCUAAAUCGUCGAACCCCGUGUUUGACGAUGGCGUGUUGAUCGAAAACGGCGAGCUCAUCUUUGGUAUCGUCGAUAAAAAGACUGUUGGUGCAUCGCAAGGAGGCCUCGUUCACGUUGUCUUCCGUGAGAAGGGCCCGGAGAUGACGCGACAGCUCUUCACCGGUCUCCAGCAAGUUGUCAACUACUGGCUCUUCCACAACGGCUUCAGUAUUGGCAUCGGCGACACCAUUGCUGACCGGAAGACUAUGGCGCAUAUCACGGAGCAAAUUGCGAUCCGCAAGCAGACCGUCGCUCAGAUCAUCGACGACGCCGCGCAUGAUCGUCUCAAGCCCCAACCCGGCAUGACCAUCCGAGAGUCUUUCGAGAGCAAGGUCGAGCGUGAGCUCAAUCUGGCUCGUGAUCAGAAUGGUCAGUACGCGCAGAAGCACUUGAAGGAAGACAACAACGUCAAGCAGAUGGUUGUUGCCGGCUCAAAAGGUUCCUUCAUCAACAUCUCGCAGAUGUCCGUCUGUGUCGGCCAGCAGAUUGUCGAGGGUCGCCGUAUUCCCUUCGGCUUCCGCCAUCGUACGCUUCCCCACUUCACCAAAGACGACUUCAGUCCCGAAGCCCGUGGCUUUGUCGAGAAUUCGUAUCUCCGUGGCUUGACUCCGCAAGAGUUCUUCUUCCACGCAAUGGCUGGUCGCGAGGGUCUCAUCGAUACCGCCGUCAAGACUGCCGAGACCGGUUACAUCCAGCGUCGCCUCGUCAAGGCGCUUGAGGACGUCAUGGUUCACUACGACGGUACGGUGCGGAACUCGCUCGGCGAUCUAAUCCAGUUCGUCUAUGGCGAGGACGGCAUGGACGGAGCCUUCAUUGAGAGGCAGAACAUUGAGACAUUCGCUCUCAGCAACCGGGAAUUCGAGCACGACUAUCGGGUCGAUGUUACUGAUCCAUCUGGAGGCUUCUUGCCUGGUGUUCUGCAGCUUGGUCUCGAUGAUAGCUCUCUUGAGCUCCAGGCCAAGCUUGACGAGGAGUUCUCUCAGCUGUCGGAAGACCGUCAGCUCCUCCGCGAGUUCAUUUUCCCACGCAGCGACCCAGCGACGGCGCGCUAUCUACCUGUCAAUCUCCAUCGUAUCGUUCAGAAUGCGGUACAGAUCUUCCACAUCGACCGUCGCAAGCCUUCUGACCUGGAGCCCGCGUAUAUCAUCGACGCGAUCAGGGCUCUCUGCGAGCGUCUCGUUGUCGUUCGUGGCGAUGACCCGCUGUCAAAGGAGGCCCAGGCGAAUGCAACGCUUCUGUUUCGCAUGCAUCUGCGUGCGACAUUUGCGACGCGUCGUGUCCUCGAGAGGUAUCACCUCAACAAGGAGGCUCUUGAAUGGGUGCUGGGCGAAAUCGAGUCCAAGUUCAACCAAUCGCUCGCUCAUCCCGGUGAGAUGUGCGGUACUCUGGCCGCGCAGUCCAUUGGCGAGCCUGCCACGCAAAUGACGCUGAACACGUUCCAUUAUGCCGGUGUCUCGAGUAAGAACGUCACUCUCGGUGUGCCACGUCUUAAGGAGAUCAUCAACGUUGCGACGAAUAUCAAAACACCAUCGUUGUCCGUCUACCUGGAGUCGAAGUUAGCGAAGGACGCUGCGCUGGCGAAGAACGUCCAGCAGGAGCUGGCCUACACUUCGCUCCGCACGGUCACUGCUGCCGUUGAGAUUUGGUACGAUCCCGAUCCCACCUCGACUAUCAUCGAGGAGGAUAGCGUCUUCGUCGAGUCCUUCUUCGCUAUUCCAGACGAGGAAGUGGAGUCGAAGCUCCAUCUGCAAUCACCGUGGCUCCUUCGUCUCGAGCUGGACCGUGCUAAGAUGAUUGACCGAAAGCUCACCAUGGCUUACGUUGCUGGCCGUAUCGCGGAGAGCUUCAAGACGGACCUAUUCGUCAUCUGGUCGGAAGACAACUCCGAGAAGCUAAUUGUCCGAUGCAGAGUCUUGGGCGGCGCGGACAAGGAGGACGAUGGUAUGGGCACCGUCGAGGAGGAUAUCUUCCUCCGGCAACUCGAGAACACCAUGCUUAACUCUGUAAGUCUUCGCGGAGUGCCCAGUAUCGAGCGCGUCUUCUUGCUGGAACACGACAAGAUUAUCAUCACUCCGGAUGGUGGUAUCGACGCUCGUGGUGGUGAGAAGGAGUGGGUAUUGGAGACGGAUGGUGUCAACCUCAAGGCAGUCAUGACCGUCGAUGGCGUGGACUUCCGGCGCACGUACUCCAACAGCUGCGUCGAAGUAUUCGGUGUCCUUGGUAUUGAGGCCGCCCGCGCUGCGAUCAUGAAGGAAUUGCGUGGUGUCAUCGAGUUCGACGGCUCAUAUGUCAACUACCGCCACCUUGCGCUCCUUUGCGACCUAAUGACCCACCGUGGUUCCCUCAUGGCUAUCACUCGUCAUGGUAUCAACCGUGCGGAUACCGGCGCCCUCAUGCGUUGUUCUUUCGAGGAGACGGUGGAAAUCCUCAUGGAGGCCGCAGCUGUUGGCGAGAAGGACGAUUGCCACGGAAUAGCGGAGAACGUAAUGUUCGGCCAGAUGGCUCCUAUGGGCACCGGAGCAUUUGACGUCGCCCUGGACAUCGAUAUGCUCAAAGAUGUCAUUGUCGACCACCGCAUCCCCGCACACACAAGCCUCGUCGCUCCACAGAUGGAUGGAGGAAUGACGCCCGGGCAGGUCGCGAUGACGCCGUACGACAGCAGCUCUCCCGUGUGGAAUCCGGACGGUUCGUUCAAGGGUGAGACGGCUGCUUUCUCACCGCUGGCGAUGAAUGGAGGAGAGGACGCAGCGAGUUUCUCAUAUAUGCCGUUCGGCCAGAGCCCCAUGGGUGCCGGAAGCAUGUCCCCAGCCGCACCGGGUUACAGCCCAAGCUCACCGAACGUGUAUUCACCAACAUCUCCUUAUGUACCGCAAUCGCCGUUCGCGGGCGCGACGUCACCAUUCGGCACAUCCCCCUAUGCGACCUCGCCCUUCUACGACCGCAGCCGCGGACCGACGUCGCCAACGUAUUCGCCGACAUCCCCAGCUCUCAAUCUCACCUCGCCAGGUUAUUCGCCUACCAGCCCGAGAUACUCCCCAACGUCCCCAUCGUUCUCACCUACGUCGCCGCGCUACAGUCCUCAGUCACCGUCGUUCAGCCCAACAUCGCCCAGAUACUCACCGACCAGUCCUUCCUUUAGCCCGGCGUCUCCACGCUAUUCGCCAACUUCGCCUGCACAGAUGUCACCGGCUUCUCCGAAGUACUCACCUACCUCACCUGUAUCGCCUGCUUCACCCAAAUAUUCACCUACGUCGCCGACCUAUUCCCCUGCGUCACCAGCAUAUUCCCCUGCGUCGCCGGCGUAUAGCCCUACGUCUCCGCAAUGGUCGCCAUCGAGUCCUUCGCAGCAGCAGAAUGGCUCAAACACGAUCCGCUCGAACGCGUACUCGAUGUCGCCGUCGUGGGAUUAAGUUGCCGGUGCUCUCUGUGUUCUCGGUACGAAGCCAGGCGUCGGUGCUGUCUUGAUUCUUUUUUACUCUCGAUAGUCAUCAGCGGUAUACAUAUACUGUCUAGCUCUGUUAAACGCAUGCAUGUAGAUUACCCAACCG